AUGCAAAGAUUGGCAGAACGUAACAAUUGUUUCCAGCAACCAAAUUUAGGCGUAGUUCUAGAGCAGCACGAACAAUUCAGUGUCAAUCUCCGAAGAAAAAAACGUCGUGAGCAACAAAUGGAAAGACGCGCAAAAAAGGAUGAUUUGCCAGCGAGCAAAAUUUCAAAAGUAUUUAGACUUACGUUCCCAGAUCUAAUAAGAAACCUUAAUGACAUUCACUAUUCCUUAGAAACCUUUAAAAACAUCUUAAUUGGGGAAUAUUCAUCAGAACUCAAGCUAGAAGCAUUAAGAAUUACCAGACAUUUUUUAACAAGAGGAGAAGCUAUCCUUGAUAAAGCACAAAUAUAUGCAGAGCUUGGCUAUAUUCAAAGCUAUAUAGACCUUUUAAACCCCCAUAAUCCAAAAGAAGUUCAAUAUGAGGCAUCAUGGGCAUUAUGCAAUCUCGCUUCAUGUUCCCAUGAAAUAGUAGAAAUACUCAUAAGCAAAGGUAUAAUACCUGCAUGUCUUGGUGUAAUAAAUAGCGAAAGCCUAGAUAUUAUUGAAAAUGCAGUAUGAUGUCUUGGAAACAUAGCAGGCGAUCACAAAGAAUAUAGAGUCCUCAUGAUCAAGUCAUAUGUUUUUGAAUUUCUUGUAAAUUUACUUAAAGAUAUGCAUGAGCAUCCGAGCCCAGCCUUAAAUGCACUAUUAUAUGCAUUGAAAAAUAUAUCAAGAUCAAUCAUACAUGCUAAUAUUGAACUAGUUAAAAAAUUGCUGACUUUAAUUAAGCCACUUUUUCAAGCAGCUAGCACUAGAGAGAUAGAAGACUUGCUAACGAUUUUAUAUUGCAUAACAAAUGGGAAAGAAAAAUGGCUUCAAGCAAUUAUUGAUAAUGGAUAUGGACCUAUAAUUAUUGAUUCAUGUGAUUUGCCAAAUCAAGCAGCUUCUUUAUUGGCAUACAAAGCACUAGGCAAUUUAUUAGGGGGCAAUGUGAGCCAAGCUGAAUACGUCAUAAAUCUUGGCGCCAUUGAGAAAAUUCAUAAAGCUGUAAGGUCUUUGGAUUAUCACAUAAGAAAAGAAGGGUUCUGGGCUUUAAGCAACAUCACAGCUGGAUCAGCAUCCCAAGUCAAGAGGAUUAUAAAUAGCGAUCUUAUAGAUAUUGCAAUAAGAGGACUUACAGAAAAUGAUGAAGGCAUAAAAUAUGAAUGCGGCUAUGUUAUAGCAAAUUGUUUUUUCAGAGGAGAAAUUGAAGAUAUUUUUGAGCUAGUGAAUAAAGGAAUUUUAUUAGCCUUUGGCCAAUCUAUAGAAAUAAAUAGUGAUGUGAAAUUGAUCAAGCUACUGCUAGAGUCUGCUUUUCAGCUACUAAAGCUAGCUUCAGAUGAAAGCAGACUUGAGGCAAUGAAACUUGAAUUUGAGAAAGCAAAUUUAGUAGAUGUUAUUGAUGGGCUAUCACAUCAUGAAAAUAAAGUUAUUGAGACAAUUGCAAAAGGUCUGAUUUCUGAAUAUUUCCAUGAAGAUGAUAGCGAUCAAAUAUUUUUGCAGGAUAAUUUUCAAUCGUAUGAGUUUUCUUAA